AUGUUGUGCACUCCAUCUUCCUUGCUAUUUGCAGUGCCGCCUCAGGCAUUGAUGAAUAUCAGGACAUUAAAGUCCAUUUAUCCAACAUCUGGACCUACGCCGCUGACCGCUAUGCAAAUGAUAUCUCUGCAUCUGUAUAUUAACCGCCCACAUGGAAGUGAGGAUUCGCUAGACCCUCACUAUGGACCCUACAUCUCGACACUGCCUAGGGAGUUUGACAGUCAUCCUUUGACCUGGAUUGUUCGAUCAAAAAGCGGCAUAGAGUCUGGAGGAGUCCCACUGCUUGGGUAUCUCCCGCCGAGCGUGCAUGCAUCCUUGGUUACGCUACAUGACCGAUUUUGUCAAGACCGGGCUGCAGUCCGAGCGUACUUGACUGCGAAUUCGUACAUAUCUUCAAAAUAUGAUACCCAUUUGGCCAAUAUCGAUGAUUCUAUCAGCAAUUACGUGUGGGCUUGGUUGAACGUCAACACGCGCUGUAUAUAUUACCGCCUCAAAGCAUCGAAGGAAGACCCCGAUAAUCUAGCUUUAUGUCCCAUCCUCGACUUUGCCAACCAUACCCCGAACGGGCCGCAUAUGACUCCAGCCCCAUCAGAGGCCGAUAUUUGGGACACUGCGCCGAUAAAGCCGAUUGGGAAAGGAUUUAGAUUUCUUUCGCCAGCGGGUGUAUCUGUUCAAGAGGACGAAGAAAUCUUUUUGGCUUACGGGGCUCAUCCUAACCGCACGCUGUUCGUUGAAUAUGGUUUUGUCAACAAGUCAUUAGGCGAAGUUGAAAUUACGGACGGUGAAGUCGACGUGCAAGAUGUGGUGGAAUCAUUAAUACUCGACCAUAAAUCUGGUGCCCACGUCAAAAGCGUCCUCGAAGGCGAAGGUUAUUGGGGAGAUUGGACCCUAUAUUGCUCGAGGGAAUCAGCGCAGCCGUCAUGGCGCCUGAUCACGGCAUUAAGACUUCAUUCUCUCUUUGUCUCAAAUAAUACAAUCCACCAUAACGCCAUUCAACCGUGGCGCGACGUCAUAGAAGGCAAACGAGAGAUGAUAUCUGAUGGAAACGAACUCGCUUGGAAGGAGUCGUUGAUCAAGAUUUGCGAUGCAAUUGUCGCCAAAGCCCACGCCAGCCUAGACAAUCUCAAGAGUGACAGCGCUGAGUAUGGUCACGGGUGGCUUCCUUGGAUGCGCGAGAAUGUACGGACGCUUUGGAGGGAAGAGUUAUUGGUAGCCGCGGCUGUUAAACAGCGUGCACUAAGAGGGGACGAUUUUUGACUUGAUAACACUGGCCCGGUUUUCUCUUGAAAUCGACUAGUGAUACCACUUGACUACCGCAGAGAACCAUCUUGCUUUCGCCUGAGGAUAUCAUAAUCUAUCAAAUGUACUAUCGGAGACCAUUUAUGUGGCACUCAGAUACUUUGCGACAUUCUAUCUCAUUGAACGUUUGAACAGCCGACUCGGUUACAAAGCAU